UUAAGUUUCAGGUGAUGGACCCAAAAAACAUUCGCGCUCCUUAUGCGCAUUCUGCCCAAGACGGAUGAGCAGCUUAGUUGCUUUAAUAUAGCCUGAUCUGCGCUGCACCAAGUAAACUGAACAAGAUGCCUGUGGUGCCUGCGCCGCUUUUGUUGUUGGUGCUAUCGUCGUCGAGCGUUUAUGAUCAUUUCCCGACCGCUCCUUGCUUCUUGACCGCUGUGCAGCUCCACCAGGUGCAGGUGCCUCUGCUUGCACUGUUCCCUGGCGCCGAGAGUGUUGAGAUUGAAUUUCGUCCGCACGCAGGAGAACAGGCGCACCGCGAGAUUUGUAGCGAACAGACAGUUUCUGUGGCUGAAGAAGCUUUAAUCAAAGUAGUUGUAGAAAAAGCUAAAGAAAAUAUGGUCAAAUAUGAUGAACAAAAAAUUAAAGUGUCGACAUCUCCCCCUUUCAACGAGCUUGAGCUUGACGGCGAUCAGCAACGAUUUCCACCUUCAACACCACACACUUCCAAUGAGGAAGAACUGGAAGAAUCAGCCGCGAACGAAAUCGAAGAGUUGAUCGCAAAGAAAGACGUUGAAGGCGCUGCGAGAAUUUUUCUCUCUGCCCCCAGAUCAGAGCUGUUUGUCACCAAUCUUUUUGCGGAUCUUUUUGAUGAGCAGUGGAAAACCUUCCAGGUGGGUCGCGUGUAUGACCUGGCGGCGUCGGUGCGGUCGGUGGCCGCCUUUGAGAUCCUGCGGCGCCAUCAGGAGACUCGAGGCCUGUUCGAACAGCAACCGUUGUUGGUGGCGCUUUUUGCGUCGCGACUACUUGAGUGGACUCGCGGCGCCGACUUCACGCUGGCGCCGCCGGAAGAUCAGAGUCAAGCCUACCUGUUGGCACGCGACGCCAACGCAGCAAGGCGCCGCGUUGUCAGCGCCGCGGUGCAAGAGGUGGUCGAGUCGGAGGCGCCGUCGGGCGGCGCCCUCUCGCUGCUCCAACUGAUCGCGGCGCCGCCGGCGUCAAACGAUACACAAACGGCGCCGCAGCUGCUCAAGGAGGCGGUAGAUGUGGCCGCGCCGUUUUUACGCAAUGAGAAAAUCGGCGUGGCCAAAUUUGCCGAAAUGUUCGCCAGGAGAGAGGACACCAUUUGCUUGGUCCUUGAGCAGAUCAAGCGGGCCAUCGACCCCGAACCCAAGUACUGCCAGACCUUGCAACUUUACAUGGCCACAAUACUGCGAUUGCCUAGUGUGCGUGAAGCGUCAACAGAAUCUUUUUAUGAGCUGAACUGCGCCCCUCUAAUGGGAAACGUGAGCGCGGCGUAUGUGAGCGUCCGAGACGCACCGGACACGGAUCUGCAGCAACACGCAGCCUGCCUGCUUCAAGGAUUCAAAGAAAGCAUGCAAUUCUACUUAAGGUACAAGGCGCCGACGGUGCCAACCCUGAAGUACCCUGAGCUGCAAUACGCGUUGCAGCAGAACGACCUGCGUUUGGAGGUGCGUCGAAUGUACGAAGCGGGCGGCGUCACAGAGUGCGAUCUUUUCGGCGCCUACCUCUCCGUCCUGGACAGCGUGGGCCUGGCAAACUCGGCGGCGGCCCUGGUGACCGCGGCCCAGGCCCAUCGGCGCAGCGAGUGCGCACGUGUCGUGGCCGCGGCGCCGCUGUGGACGCGGCGCCUGCUGGACGCGUCUCAACCGUGCGACGUUGAAAACGCAAAGACCGGACAAAGACUGGACGACGUCGCCUUAUGGAACGUGACCUUUGAUGAACUGGGAAGACCCUUCCUGUCCAGGGGCCCUGAAAAGACCGAGCAGCUCUUCAUUGAGGCCGUGCCGCAGAGAGACAAACUGCACAGGAUCUUCUCUUUGGGUGACGGGGAUAGAGGGGGCUUUCUAGGUGCAACUUGCAACGAUUGCCCUGUAGAACAAAGGGCAGAACUCUACAAUUGGAAAAUAGAGUGCGUUUUUGAUGCUGCAUAAAAUAAUAUAGAAUGUAAACAAUCGCGAAAAAUCGUUUUAUGAUGAAAAAAUAUAAUUAAUGAAAUAAAAAAAUUAUUGUAAUUAUUAACUAUAUUUUGUAUAUUUUAGAUAUUUUUUUCAAGAAACCUUACAAAAAUAUUUUUAUUUAAAAUUAUGAUUGAACUGGAAAUUUAUUUAUAAAUUUAACAAAUUUGUUGAGAAGUUUUGAAGUUUCCUUAAAAAAUAAGUAGAAAAACCAGAACUCCUAAAAUUUAUAUUACUGCCCCAAUAUGGUAAAGCUGAGACAAUCGAGAAACAAAACAAAACAAAACCUCUCUUUCUUUGUGCAACAUGCCAUUGACAAAAAGGGGUCGAUUUUUUCAUAACAAUAUUCGUCUUAAUUGAUAUCGCUCUGAAUUAGAUUUUUUUCCCACCUCAGCCUAGUGAAAUUUGGCCGCGAGCAUAGCUGCUGCGUGUGGACAAAUUCUCGCGAUGAUUUCUAUUGUGUUUCGAGGGGCGUCACAUAAUAAUUUUGCAAUAAAAGUAUGUUGCAAACAUAUUGAUGCUAAUGAUCCCAAAGAUGUCAUUUUUUAAUAGUGCAUCAGGUGACGCAACAAAACAAAAAAAUGAACGCUCGCAGCAGGAGACGUUCUGUCAUUUCAAAUGUCAAGAGUACAUACAUAAUUUAUCAUCUUUUUGAGGUAAAUAAUGGCUUUGACACAAACGGUACUGCUUACGAAAACAAAAAAGCGUCAAAUUUUCAAAUAGGUGCUAAACGGCGUGUGCUCAUUUAUCAAUAUAUGUAUUUAUGCAAAUCAUUAAACACCUUUUCUCAAAAAUCUUAAGCCUAAAUUUUAAUAUAAAAUUGGGCUUUAAACAGAUAAUUAAAAAAGAUAUUGACAUAAUAAUUGAAAACUGCGUUAUGAAAAUAAAAUAGAUCACAAAUUUAUCUAAUUAAUACGUGUUGAUUACGCUGAAUUGAAAGCUAAAGAUAGAAACACGUUGAUUCCAAAUUACUUCUAGGUAACCAUGACCCAAUAGAUCCCUAUCACGUCGCUCCUCCCUGCGAUGCAACUUUGGACCAUACACGAUUCUCGCGAAACAUAAUGAAAUAGAUACAUGGAGAUAUGGAUGGUCCUCAAGGACAACAGUGAAAGGUCUAUAUGUAAAAACGGACCAUUUCGGCGCACGCGGUUCCAGUUAGGUCCGCAGCACCGCGACGAUUGGACAUCAAACAUGUUUUUCGCCACGAAAUUUGUGAUAUUCUUUUUGUCGUUGGCAAUUUCCUACGUCGCCCCGACCAACUUCAAGGAAUGCCGCAGUUUUUGGAAUAACAAAGUGGGCAUUCCGCCUCUAAACAUCACUCUGCACGGCUGCGACAAGUACCCUUGCAGUUUCGCCAGAGGUUCAAAUAUUUCUGGAGGAAUGGACUUCAUGUACAACAAGGAGCUGAGUAGGUUAACUCCUGAUGUGACUGUUUACUGGCUUGGCCUCCCCAUCGGUUGGCCCAUCCACCAAGACGACGGCUGCCAGAGCCUCAGCAUGAAUAGCUGCCCAAUCAAACCCAACACAAGGGCGCGCUACGAAUACUCACUUUAUCUCGACCGAUGGGUUCCCUUGGUCAGUCCAUACGUUUGGUUCAAAUUUAGGGACGCGAAAGGAGACAUCGCAAUUUGCUGCGAGGUGCCCAUCAAAGUUGUUGACAAUGAAAUUGAAGAG